UUUGCUUGUUUGUCACCAGGUGUGGUUGUGAUGUCAUGGUGGUGGGCGCUGGCGCUACUAGCGCUGUCCGCGCCCGCUCGCGCCGCGCCCCGGGCGGGCUCUGGUGAGCUAUUUUACAGUUAUCAAAUGUCGCGCAAGUCGUGCUCGGUGGGAGGUGCGCGCGGUGCGUGCAUGUGGGUGCAGGAGUGCAACCGGGUGGGAGGGAUACACGCGGGGGUUUGCGUGGAUGGGUUCAUGUUCGGCUCAUGCUGCAGGUUGCCGGACAAACCUAUUGUUCCAGUAACGAUAACAGAACGGCCGUAUACAGCGCCACCAAGCGGAACACACGGCAAUUCAAAUACACCUACAGAAACUUCGACUCAAACCUCAAAGCCAAACCUGCAAACAAUGCGUCCGUCGUUUAUGACAAAGCCGAUAGAUGGCGCGCCUACAUCAUAUAGUUAUCGCCCGCCAGAAAUCAAUUUGCCCUCUGUAGACAAUUUAGAAGCGAAUAGCGAACAAAAUAGUGAUAUAGUUAAUAAAAUAACAUAUAGCAGUGUAAAUAAGCACCAAAAUGUACAUAGGCCGAGCAGUGAAGUGGAAACUAGUCCCCACAACAAAAUUUCGUCUAGUCUUAGCGUAAUAUCGGGUGCGCGACCUAUGGCCGUAUCUGAGCAACACGGAGAUAACAGCAUUUCAUCAGCGCAUAUGAUGUCACGACCGAAUAAUAUAAAUACGAUACACUGGCAAGCAACGACAGAAGCUGCCUUCAUAACGAAACCGAGACCCAAUUGGGAAAAGCCCGUGGGAAAACCCAAACCAACAAAAAAAUUCACAACCACAACAAGCAAACCAUAUAAGAACUACAUGAAACCUAAAGACCCUACUCUGAAUAUGAUCAAUAAAACUGAUGAGUCAGCACAACAGCCAAUGCAUACCAUGACUGCGACGAAUGGUGUUGAAUGUGGUGUAACAGCAAUGUGGCCACGACCAGAGACUCGCAUAAUGGGUGGUCAAGACUCAAGCUUCGGUCGCUGGCCGUGGCAGGUGUCAGUUCGUCGAAAUUCCUUCUUCGGGUUCUCAUCAACGCAUAGAUGUGGUGGUGCCAUCAUCAACGAAGGAUGGAUCGCGACAGCUGGACACUGUGUUGAUGAUCUCUUGACAUCUCAAAUCAGAAUACGAGUCGGAGAAUACGACUUCUCAUCAGUAUCAGAGCAGUACCCUUACGUCGAGAGAGGCGUUGCAAGGAAGGCUGUACAUCCAAAAUACAACUUCUACACAUAUGAAUAUGAUCUGGCAUUAGUGAAGCUAGAUUCGCCCAUUCAGUUUGCUCCUCAUAUAUCUCCAAUAUGUCUGCCUGCAACAGAUGACCUGUUGGUGGGUGCAAAUGCCACGGUUACCGGGUGGGGAAGAUUGUCGGAAGGUGGCGUUUUACCGUCAGUUUUACAAGAGGUGCAAGUACCGAUAGUAUCAAACGAACGAUGCAAAUCGAUGUUCCUCCGAGCGGGCAGACACGAGUUUAUCCCCGACAUAUUUCUCUGCGCUGGUCACGAACGAGGAGGCCAUGAUUCUUGCCAGGGAGACUCAGGAGGUCCAUUACAGGUAAAGGGAAAAGACCACAAAUACUUCUUGGCCGGUAUUAUAAGUUGGGGAAUCGGAUGUGGUGAAGCGAACUUACCAGGAGUUUGUACGAGAAUAUCAAAGUUCGUCCCUUGGAUAUUACAAACAGUAAACUCUUAA